CCUAAACCGUCACUUCCGCCUAGCGCUGAUCUAUAAAACAUACGAGUUGGCUUCACCUGCCAGUCCUGAGCUGAGUGUAGCUCCUCCAGUGUUUUACAGAUCAGCGUUUCCUGUGCCUGAUGUUUUCAGUGUUUUUAGACAAAAACAACAGUACGACUCGUUUGCUACCGGAUGUGACUUUUCCUGUUUUCCGUUCGUUUACGUUCAGUACGGCAAAGCAGGCUGUCUUUAACCAAGCGCUCUCGGUUUAAAACCCUUCACAAGGUUUCAGUCAAUGAUUGUGCAGUGAGGUAAUCAAGAGACAAACUCACUCUGAGCUUCAUCAUCAUCUUCAUCAUCUCACGUGAGCAUCAAUAACUCUGCAGGUUUCCUGGACACUAUGACUCAGUGACAUCAUUUCCCGACUUCACGUUCCCUGGGUCGAAGACAAAGACGAUGGCGCCUCCAAAUGGCUACCCCGUCAGCUCAGACAAGAGCGAGGACAGCGAACCGCUCAUCGAGACCAAUGCAGCCCCUCCACAGUGCUGUUCAGUUCGCCUCAACCUGGCCGUCCUGAUGUUCUUCGGCUUCUCUGUGGUCUACGCGCUCCGGGUCAACCUCAGUGUUGCCAUGGUAGCCAUGGUGAAUACAACUGAGCCCAGACCGGCCCCCAACAGCUCCGUAGUCCACGCCUGUCCACUGCCAUCAGGGAUGGAAAACAGUAGCGAUGCUUUCCAACAACCGAAAGGGAUCCCUCAGUACCCAUGGGACUCUGAGACUCAGGGCUGGCUGCUGGGAGCCUUCUUCUUCGGCUACCUGUGCACUCAGAUCCCCGGGGGCUACCUGUCCGGUCACUACGGGGGAAGUGUGUUCCUGGGUUUGGGUGUCCUGGGCACGGCUGCCCUCACCCUGCUCACCCCUCUGGCUGCCCAGCUGGGGUCCUACUGGCUGUUUGCACUACGAGCGCUGGAGGGCUUUGGAGAGGGUGUGACGUUCCCGGCCAUGAUGGCGAUGUGGGCUCGGUGGGCCCCCCCUCUGGAGCGCUCUCGUCUGAUGACCAUGUCGGGGUCUGGGGCCAACUUUGGGGCCUUUUUGGCUCUGCCGCUCACCGGCUACAUCUGCCAGACGCUCGGCUGGCCCGCUGUCUUCUACAUCUGUGGGGGUGCUGGUUGCCUCUGGGCCGUCUUUUGGUUUAGCUUUGUGUCCAAUGACCCUCGCACCCACCGUCGAAUCAGCGACGAGGAGAGAGAUUACAUCAUAAAUUCCAUUGGACCUCAGGGUACAGGUCAUGGCUGGUCCGUGCCCUUGCUGCCCAUGCUGCUGUCGGUCCCUCUGUGGGCCAUCAUCAUCACCCAGAUGUGCGCAAACUGGUCCUACUACACCCUGCUCACCUCCCUGCCCACCUACAUGGACAACAUCUUGCACUUUGACCUAAAAUCGAAUGGUUUCCUCUCCGCCUUGCCGUACCUCGGUGCCUGGUUGUUCUCGACGCUGUCGGGUUUCCUGGCCGACCUCCUCAUCGAGCGGCGGGUGUUCAGCGUCACCAACGUGCGUAAGCUCUUCACAGUUGCGGGUUUGUUGCCAGCUGCAGCUUUCCUCAUGGCUGUGAGUUACGUCGGCUGCAGCCACACCCUCACUGUCACCUUCCUCACGCUCUCCACAACCAUAGGAGGGACCUCCGCCUCUGGAGUCUUCAUCAACCAGAUAGACAUCGCUCCUCGGUACGCUGGAUUCCUUCUGGGAAUCACAAACACGUUCGGGACCAUUCCUGGAGUCCUGGCGCCUAUCGCUACGGGAUACUUUACUGAGGAUCACACCCUGGCAGGCUGGAGAAAGGUGUUCUGGAUGGCGGCCGGGAUCAACUUCAGCGGCGCUCUCGUCUACACCGUAUUAGGCAGCGGGAAGAUCCAGACGUGGGCCAUAACCGAGGAGGAGAGAGCAGAAGCUGAGAGGAGGGCGAGCAGGUCCAUCUCCACUUAAAACAGAAACACGCAGCCUGUACGUCCGACAAACUCAAGCUAAAGUGCCACAUGUUGUGCAAGAGGGUUCCAGGUUCGAAUCCCGGUCUGGGCCCUUCUAUGUGGAGUUUGCAUGUUCUCCCAGUGCCUGUGAGGGUUUUCUCUGGGUACUCCGGCUUCCUCCCACAAUACCAAAAACAUGCACAUUA